UCUCCGAUCCAGCAGAGGGCGAUAAUGACAUCUGUACGCACUGUGCACUAGCCGCCUAGCUGCACUACUUAAAACUGUAAUACAUCGCUUAAUCUACACGUCCAGGUUAAUUUAAAUUGUGAGAAGUGUGUUUGGAUAUCCAUCAAAAUGUCGUACAUGCUCCCUCAUCUUCACAAUGGCUGGCAAGUGGACCAGGCUAUUUUAUCAGAGGAAGACCGUGUGAUUGUUAUACGAUUUGGACAUGAUUGGGACCCUACGUGUAUGAAAAUGGAUGAAGUAUUGUACAGCAUCGCCGAAAAGGUGAAGAAUUUUGCUGUCAUUUAUCUUGUGGACAUCACAGAAGUGCCAGAUUUCAACAAGAUGUACGAGUUGUAUGAUCCUUGCACAGUCAUGUUCUUUUUCAGGAACAAGCACAUCAUGAUUGAUCUUGGCACUGGUAACAACAACAAGAUAAACUGGACCAUGGAAGACAAGCAGGAGAUGAUAGACAUUGUUGAGACCGUCUACAGGGGGGCGAGAAAAGGACGAGGUCUCGUAGUGUCCCCUAAAGAUUACUCAACCAAAUACAGAUACUAAUCUCUGUGCACUCAUUUAGUCUUUGCGAUUUUAUUUCUUCUCAUCAACAUUGGACAAGAUCUGAGCAUUGAGCAGUAUGGUCAUUUGGACUAUUUAAUGGCCUUGUUUUGGAUUUUCAACUUUAUAUUUAAGUGUUACACUGUUGCAGUUAUGGUCACCAGUCUUUUAUAAUUUUGUCCUUCUAAAAAUGUCACUGUAUAUUAAAUGGAUGAAUAAAUAUUGAUUGUGUUUCUGCUGUUUUCUAAACUGUAAUUUACCAUGACAUCAUUAAUUAUUAGGUCUAUCCAUAUUAAACAUGUCAGAAUUAAAUAUGUUCAGAUAAAAUGCUCAAGGACAUAACCUAGCAUGGAGACAAAACUAGUAAUAAAAAAAAAAUGUAUAUGUGUGUCUGCAUCUCAAAAAAUUACAAUAUCAUGAAAGUUUUUUUUUUUUUGUAACUUAUUUUUGUACCAACAAUUCUGACCAUGUGUGUAUUCUAGAUUCAUUACAUGUAAAGUAAAACAUUUCAAAAGUU